AUUUAUCGACGCAAUCGAGCUCACCAUGAUGUCUGUCGAAUUGUUCUUCGUUUUCUAGUGAGAUUUCGCCUUAAAUUCCCGUUGUUAAAAGUCAAGAGGAAAAUUUUUAGUCAUGGCUGAAGUCCAAGAUCUGAAUUUAACGUUUUCUGGAUGUGGUUUUUUGGGAAUCUAUCAUCUCGGAGUUGUGUCUUGCUUGAAAGAAAACGCUCCGGCGCUCUUGAAACGAGUAAAAUGUUAUGGCGGCGCGAGUGCUGGUUCCUUUGCCGCAAUUGCGUUGCUUUUAGACUUAGAUGUUAGUGACAGUGCUGAGUUUGUAAUCAGACUGGCUAAAAGAGCGAAUUCUUUAACGCUAGGACCCCUUCAUCCAAGCUUCAAUGUCGUCAGAACUCUUCGUCGAUCAUUCGAAAGGAUUCUGCCUCCCAACGCACAUGAACUCGCCAGUGGAAGGCUUCAUCUGUCGUUAACAAGAAUUUCUGAUCUCAAAAACGUUAUUGUGUCUGAGUUCUUCUCUAAAGAAGAUCUUAUUGAGGUGAGUUAUGUUUCGUAAUAAUCAUCUAUGUCGUAAAUUCAUGGUCAACUUGAUUUGCAUUUCUGGCAUUGUCGCUUCAGACGGUGUAAUAGUCGCCCAAGCGCGGGAUGGAAUUUGCAUAGAAUGUAGCCAGGGUCAUUCCUGGCCAGUGGUUCCCGUUUAAAGAAAAAAUUUAUCAUCAAGGACCAUUUAUUGACCUGUUUUUUCCAGCAACAAAAUUCUAAAAACCUUCUCGCGUGCUUUUCGUAAGGAGCGUGGUAUUUUCCAGUUGCGUAAUAUGAAACUCGUGUGAUAAAACACUGGGAGAGCGACACUAUGAUCCUAUUUUCAUGAAGAGGAAGUUUUAAUUACAAUUUUUUUGAGUUUAGGAACUUAUUUCAUUUUUAAGGCUUAGCUGUUUUCUGUUGCUCACCAAAAUAAUUUAUUCGUGUGGGAAAUUGCGCAGCGUGAGUGGAGUGUUUGUCUUAGCUUUGUGACGAUUGUAUGUAAAAUAAUAAUCAGCUCACAGCGUCGCAUGUUUUGAGGAUUUGUUUUGGCUGUAAGAGUGUUUUCCUGCUGUUCAAAGAGGAUAUUAGAAAUAUUUUAGAGCAUAUGCCCCACCAUGUUAAUCUAUUUCCUACCCUUUUUGUUCAGAAUUAAACCCAAUUUUACGGUUGAAAAAAGAUAGACACUCGGUUGCUUAUGUAUGCAAACAUUUAAAUAUUCCUGACUAACCAGUAUUUGCAAUAUUAAUCAAUCAUUUGCAUGGUAUUUGGAUGGCAUGCUGUAACCUCUUAACAGUUAACUUGACACUUGAGAAAUAACAAUUUAUCAGCCCAUUGUUAGUGGAAAGUUCUGCUUGCAUCCGUUGAAUUGUACAGUGGUUAAGUUCGGCAAAAGCCAAAAUAUAUUUGAUGCAUCUUUGAAUAAAUGUUUAGGUUCAUCUACAUAAUUUGUAUCAUCUCAUUUUAAUAUGAAAAACUCAGCAGUGUUUUUGACAAGUACAAUAUUGUAGACAGCACAAUAAUGAAGACAGUCUCAUGCAGUCUCACAUUAUUGUAGGCAGCAAAAUAACAAAGGCAGUCUCAUGGGCUACCACCAAAAGAGAAAUAGAUGGUUGAUUGUAAGAAUUUUAAAACGUCUACACACCUAAGUAUUGGGUACCCUUUGUAAUGGAAACAUCCCACAAUCUCAUCUCAAGUUGCAUUCCAUUGCCACUAGUUACAUAACCAACAAAUUAACUAGUCAAUUUUGGGUUAUAACCAAUCACGAUUGCCCUUAAAUCACAGACAUCUGAAAGUUGUUCUCAAUUCUAAACUGCUGUAGCAUAGAAAAUGGUGAAAAUUACAGUGCAAUUAUUUUGCCUCUGAUACACAUCACUAUUUAGUGUGUAGCUUAAAUCUUCUCAAAGACCAUUUCAAUUAGAUUUUUCCAAUCAGGCAGUACUCUUUCUACACCUCAUACCAUCUGUUUUCAACAAUGUGAGUGUCGUUGUUAUGUUUUGUUGAAUUUUCCUAAAAGGAUAGAUGUCAUUUCUCCAGUAGCAUUCUUCGUUAAUUCUUUUUGUUACACCUCUUAGAACAGGAGGCUUAAGUCAGAAUGAAGAUUGUUGUUUAAAACACUGUUUUGCUGCUUUUCCAAAGACACUUCUGAAAUACCUAGCCUUUAUUGAAAACAACUGCUGAUGUUUUAAAGUAAAACAUCUUGUACAGGCUCAUAAUUCCAAAAUUGUGAAUUAAUGCCUCUUUGUACUAACAACAACAGAAGGCAGAUCCGUUGCAUCACCUUACUCAUGACCUCACACCAUAAGUACUUCAUUUUUGUGAGAGUACAUAUUAUUUAAAACACUGAAUGAUGUUAUGUACUUUAUGCUUUGUUUCAGGCUUUGAUUGCUAGCUCAUAUGUUCCUUUCUACUCUGGAUUCCUUCCUGCAAAAUUUAGGGGAAAGGUAAAUUUUAACAUCAUGUCAUGUGGUUUAGUUUCCUGUUUUUCUUCUUGUUGAGUAGGAUUAAGUUGCAGGAUUAAUGAUAUUAUUUCAAUAUGUGGGGUUCAGACAUAAUUGCUGAUAGGUAAAUAAGAUUUUCCUUCCAGUAGACAGUCAGUCACAGAAAAUAAAAUACAGUUGAAAAAUUUCUUUGGACCACAGUUGGUGUUUUACUGGCUGUAAUGUGGGAUGGGGAUUCUACUGUUACAUUCUUGCAAAAGUGUAAAAGGAAUGAAAAAAAGGAAGAUCUGAAACUUGAAAAUUGACUCUAGCUAAUCUGUGAUAAGGGCAUAAAAAGAAUCCUGUGAAGGGCAAAUCGUAUAGAUCUCCCUUCACAGACCUCCCUUAAUUGAAUUAUUUGGAGACAACAAUUGUUUACUUACAGCUUUAAUCUCACAACUGCUUUCAAACACUGGAAAGGUUAUUUAUAGAUCCUCUGUUACACAGAAGAUGAUGUCAUUGUUCAGAAAAAUUAUUAAAUUUCAUGGGGUUGGCAUGUAAAUUUAUUAGAGACCAAAAUUGUUUCUAAUCAACAGAAUUGUGUUUUCAGUACUAUGUAGAUGGAGGGAUUUCUGACAAUCUCCCACAGCACUUCAAAGAAGGUGAAACCAUAACUGUUUCGCCUUUCAGUGGUGAGAGUGACAUCUGUCCCAAGGACAGUUCUUCAAAUGACUUCCACAUUGAACUUCGAAAUACCAGCAUGCAGUUUACGCUACAGAACCUGUACAGGUGUUCCCGUGCAUUCUUUCCUCCACAACCAGAUGUACUUUUUGAUAUGUGCAAGCAAGGAUACAGAGACACGCUGAGAUUUGUGAAGCAGCAUUGUAAGUAGACAUGUCUAGAUGCACUGUUUCCAUUCAAAAUAUUCUUUGUAUGUCUGUCAUAAGUUGAUAUGUGAAAGUUAACAAACCUAAAGAUUUUAUAAUUAUUCUAAUUUUACUGCCAUCCUCAUCAUUAUCAUUCUGGUGAAGCUAUGGAAGCCUUAAAUUUGAGUUGUUACACAGGUAUGACUACUUAAGGCAAGUUUACAAGAGCAUUUCAACUGAUCAAUGAGUGAAUUUAACACAGUGACAGAUAUGGGACAGUCAUUCAAGGCAUUGUGUGUUGUUCAUGUUAUUCAGUUAACAUAGAGUUUUGCUGUUUUUCUUUCCAGAUCCAGAGACUCUAAAGAAAGUCCCAGUCCAAAGGCCUUCCAUGUCUCAGUAUCUUCACUCAUCUUGGUCCAAGUCCAGCCAUGGACUUGACAAACAACAGAUCAGUGUCAGUUCACUGUCUGCAUACAACUCAUACAGUAGUGGAGAAGGAGAUGCUUUUACAAGUUCCGAAAGUGAUGAAACUGAUAAUGAAUAUUCAACAGAAUUAGAGGAACAAGGAGAGUCCAAGCUCACCAUCAGUAAGUUCAUUUAACCCCUUGGUUCCUAACAUCAGUAUGCAUAUUCUCCAUAAUGUUCUUUAUACAUUUCUUAUGGUGCGAACUAAAAGAAAAUUUGUCUAAGAAUUCAGAGCUUCUUUAGUUUAUAGUUAUUUUCUUUAUUCUUAAUGUGUGAUUCAGGGUUGAUAUUAGGAAAAAUUAGAUGGUAGUCACCCAUAGGGUUCAGAAGAGGAAUUGAUUUGAACUAAAUGAAGUUGAAUUGAAUUUAGACUACUUUACAUUCAAACAACAGAAACUGAAGAAUGUGAAAUUCAUUUGUUUAUGCUCCCAUAAUAAAUUAAUGGUAAGUUACACUUGAAAUGUUCAUAAGAGACAAUGUGAAGAGUCAUUCUUAAUUCUUGAUUAUCCAUUUCUAUUCCAGUACUUCACCGUACAAGUGAGGCUGUGAACGAGGCUGAACUUUGGUCAUGCUUCUUCAUUCGCCGGGUGUUUUGGGUGUUGAAACUUGCAGCAAAACCAUGUGUGAUUUCUCUGAAACAGAUCUCGCAUCUUGCAAACAUGUAAGUUUACCUUGGUCUGCAUUGUUAGAAUUUGUCUGAGAGACUUUGAAUCAAUCUGAUAUUCUGUUGUUUUCCUUUACUUUAGAAUCCUAGAGUCACUACCAAAAGUGGAGAAAACAGGAAAUGAGUUCCUCGAUGAGCUGUUAUCCAUGGUUUAUAUGGUGAUUCACACCUACCAGGACAAGCAUCAAGUCCAGUGCUGGUAUGUAUUGUUUGGAUUGCAAAUAAUUUGUCACCAUUCAGCAAAUGUGUUUGUUUCAACUACUCACACUGUUUUCUUUUGCUUGGGUUACACCUCACAAAGUUCUCUCAAUAGCUGAUCACAACUAAUAGAUAAACUCUUCUAUUUUCUUUAGGAAAAAGUCUGGACGAGCCAUAACUUCAGGACAAUGGCAGGAAGACAUUGCCCGUGUAAAUGAAGGAAGGUCUAGCGAAAAUGACCAACAGCAAGUCAAGCAUUCUGAUGAUGACAGUGACAUAGAAGUCUUAGUGGCAGAAAAUACAGAAAGCUUAAUCCAAAGUGCAAUGAGAUGGGAUGAUAAUGUUAGUAACCGCCCAUUUAUUACUGCCAGCGAUAGACACAGCAGUCAGAAUCUGACAAGAUGCCAGUGUCAAGGAGCAAGUAAUGUAGACAAAGCCCUUGGAGUUUCAGAUGAUUAUGUUGUCUUAGAUGGUUAUGAGACUGAUGUUGAAUCUGAAUUCAGUGGGAAUGAAGAACUCCAGGAGUGCCAAUAACAAGGCCUUGUACAAACUGCUGUGGCCUAAUUAUUUACAGUUGUUGAUGAGCAUUUUUAGUUUUCUUACAGACAAGAAUCAUAGGAAUCUCUGGCAUUAUUUUGUAAUCAAAGAUUAAGACAUUUAGGGUUCUUCUCUCAGAAGAAAACAGACAUCAUCAGGCUAAGUUUGUUCAUUAUGUGCAUGGGCUACUUAACCCACAGACAUGAGAUCAAAAGAUAUUUCUGGGAAAAUAUAAUAUAUAUAUAUAUAUAUAAUAUAUAUAUAAUAUAUAUAUAUAUAUAUAUAUAUAAGGACGUCAAGGAAACUCAGAUAUCUGUGGAAAGACAAACCUUUUUAAAAUUGCCAGAAAAUUUUUAAAUGGUUUAGUAAUUCUUUGCUGGGUAGGUCUUUACUAGCUUGUGCUUAAGAGUUUGAUGACUGUCUCAUCAUCUAUCAAGAAGGAAACUGCAUUAACUAAGUAGCACAAUACACAAGGAAGCUAUUAUGUUGAAGUACAUACAACAACUGAAAAUUAUGAUGGGCCAAAUUUCUAUUUUAUUAGGAAUACAAAAGGUAAAGUCUUAUUCAAUUUACUUUUUCCAUGGUGUUGACUGGACAGGUGUUUGGUUUGGUGCAAUGGUAAUUGUACAGAAAUAAUUUUAUUGUAUAAAGAUAUUUGAUUUUAGUCUUUACACAAGAUUGUGGUUUGAAGUAAUGUAUAAUAAAUAAAACCACUCAAAUUUUAAUUAGAAUGAGCAGCAAAUAAUUAUGGCCUUGUAAUUAAUAUUAUUGCUGUAGGUUUUUAAAAGUUUACCACUGGGAUAUUUUAUACAUGAAUGCAAAAGAAAAUUGCCAUUAUUUUCAUCUGAUGUACAGUAUGAGUUCUAAUAAUAUACAGAAUUUAAUAAUAAAAUGAAAAUUGUGGUGUGAAUGAGAGUGAUUUACUUUGUAAAUCUUAAACACAUCAGAGUGCAAGCACACUAUUGAUCAAAAUGGCAUGCAAGGGUCUUUUACCUAAAACAAGAGAGUGACCACUUUAUUUUGAGAUCAUCUUUACCGGGAAAAUAGUCUUUUGCAUGGUGUUACUCCAUGAAACCCAUAUGCAUUGUUUGUUGAUUUAGUUUGGCUACACAAGGUGGUCAUGAGUUGGUGGCAUUUUAUGAUACUCUUGUGGUGAGCCAUGGGAACACAAUUCACUGCAGGAGAAUACCUCCUUCUCUGCAUAAAAAAUUUAAGAACAGUACUUAAAAAUUUUGCAUCAUCAAGGAUGAGAGCUGGAAUUCUACAACCAGCCCAUCUUCUCCAGUAUGGUACAGGGCCCUUGAAACAGUUCAAACAAGUUGAUUGCCUGAUAUACAUUCACUAUGGUUGUCUUCUAAGAAUGCAUUGCUCCCUAUCUGUUGUUAUUUGAUCAGAUUAGAAUUAAGUCUUCAAUUUGUGCGAUUGGUUUUUAAAUAUCUUACAUCUACCUUUCUAAGUUGUUCACUCUCAGACAUCUAUCUCACCGUUUUUCUACUGACCUUCACUGACCUAUCUUUCGUUAAAGACUCUUUCAGUGACCUUUUGUCCUUGAUUGACCUUCGCUCUCUCACUGACUUUUACUCCUUUAUUUAAAUAAUGUCAUCAUUCACACACUACAAGUUAAAUGGUACUCACAAGGAACCGAGACGAGUAUUUGGUAGUACCGGAAGCAAAAUCUGACACACAAACACGUACCGGUUUACAAAAACUCGCGCGAAAUCACAAGGUCAACAAAGGUGACUUCCGGUCAUGUGAACAAAUACCGUGAUCCUCAUUUAUGAUGUCAUAAUAAGCGGGCGAUUUGCCCGGCGGCCGAAGAAUUAUUUAUUACACUUGAAAAUUUGUUACAUGUACACACCUUCAACCGACAAACUGACGAAGAUUGAAAUUUUCUAAACAUGUCUGACGUCCAAGAUUUGAACUUGACUUUUUCGGGCUGCGGAUUUUUGGGAAUCUACCACAUUGGAGUGAUGUCUUGUCUAGAACAAAACGCGAGCAGUUUUUUGGGUAGGGUGAAAUGUUUUGGAGGAGCAAGUGCAGGUGCUUUUGCUGCUGUCGGUUUAGUUAUGAACUUGGACAUCUCUGACAUCGUAGAAUCGGUUCUAAGACUCGGUAAAAGAGCAAAUUCUCUUUCACUUGGGCCAUUUCAUCCGAGUUUUCAGGUCGUCAAAACUGUCCGGAAAGCGUUUGACAGAAUGUUGCCUGACAAUGCACACGAGAUAGCGACUGGACGAUUGCACAUUUCACUGAGUCAAGUCACUCUCACAGGCUUUAAAAAUGUCAUCAUUUCUGAAUUUUAUUCUAAAGAGGAUCUCAUUGAGGUAAGUUAAGAUUAAAGGCUAAAUUGAGGUUUAUGAGCGAAGUCUAAUCGUAGGUUAAAUCCAUUUGGAAAGAUCGCAGUGCUCGCUUUAAUUUAUAUUAGUUAAAAUGUAUUUGAUAGCUUAUGAUACGUUUUCCGUGUGUAUGUUUUUGUAGUUGUUAGUUAGAUUUAUUUCAUCAGCUGAGUAAAGAUCGAUCGUACGAUCAGACAAUUGUCAGUCGCGUUUCUUAUGUCUGUAAGAUGUUGAGAGGUCAAGAGAAGUUCUGAGCUGAUGACAGUCCCCAAUUCCUACUUUGGUAUUUUUUUUAAAAUGAUCAUUCAUAUCAUUCAUGAAUACAGUUAUGCACCCUCCCAAUUCAGCGGCAACAAAAGUAACAAUACUUGUUUUAAAAUGUUGAAAUGUUCAGAUGUUUAUUGUUGUCUGGGGAGAGAUCAAGGCGGGGGUGAUGGGUGGGGGCAAAGCAGGGGAGUGGUAAGAGGUUUCGUUUACCUCAGGGUAGAAACUCAAACCAUUGUCACUGUGACAGUAAACCCCGGUGGAAUUUCAAAACUGAGAAAUGAAUCACUAUUGAGUUUACUUGUCAUUUUGGUUGUGAUCAAUUUUUUUUCUCAUUAAAAUAAUGUUAAUGCAGAAUGAAUUUGAUGUCUCCUUUCUUUUUUAACCCAAGAGUGAUUACAUUGUUGCAUCUAAUUUCUCCUUACAAUAUCACAUCUGAGUCACAUAUUAAGGUCACAAGAAUAAUGGAGGAACAUAGGAAAUGUAUAGAGAAAAGUAUGAAGAAUGUGAACUGUGAUGCUAGGAUAUAAAGGUUCUGAAUACAAAUUAAUAACACUUAGACUGAGUUUAUUUUAAGUCAUUUUGUCAGAAAAAACAAAUCAUUUUUGAUAUCAUAAAUCACAUCAAAUUACCCAGUAAUAUUGAGUUUUAUAUUUGAUUUCAUAAAUACCACAGGCACUUGUAGCCAGUUCCUAUGUACCAGUAUUUUCUGGAAUGUUUCCAGCUGUAUACAGAGGAAAGGUAUGUUACUUUAACUUGCAUCAACAGUCAUGCUAUAUUACAUGUUGGCCUCUGUAAUUACUGGUUAGAAAGUGGUUGUCUUUGUAUCUCUGGUUACUCACACAACACACAACCUCUCUUCAUUAUGUAACAAAUCCUUAUCUACAAUGUAUAUAACAAAAUUUAUCUGCAAUGGACCAUCAAGGACUAAAUUAUCUGGAGUAUGAAAAUUGCCUGAAUUAUUACAACAGACUAAUUGCCAGAUAAUAUAAAUUUUAUUUCUCCCAAAUGUAUGGUUUAACUUUUCACCUAAUUUCAAACAGUAGAAAUGAAACUCAAGAGUUGGUAUCACUAGGAAAAUGAAUUUACUCUAAUUCUUUUGCAGUAUUAUGUGGAUGGAGGAAUUUCUGAUAAUCUUCCACAACACUUCAAAGAAGGAGAAACUAUCACAGUGUCCCCAUUUAGUGGAGAACAUGACAUUUGUCCUAAAGAUGUUUCAUCAAAUGAAUUUCACAUUGAACUACGAAAUACUAGCAUGCAAUUUACUGGGAGUAACAUUUGGAGAUUGUCCCGUGCACUGUGGCCACCAAGCCAAGAGGUCUUGAUUGAUAUCUGCAGGCAGGGUUACAGGGAUACACUGAGGUUUCUAAAGGAGCACUGUAAGUGUCAAUCAGUUGAUAUGUUUUAACACGCUCCAGUUGGUUAUCAUAUUGAUUCAAUUACAUGCCCAACCUCAAAUAAGACCCCACCCUUUAGUUAGGAAAAGUACUUGCAGGCUAGGCCUAAAAUAUGGACCCAAACCCUCCUAUUUCCCUCCCCCCUUCCCUCCACACACAAGAAGAAUAUUGAUUAUUAUUUACUGGCUUACAAUCUCUAAAUUCACUGUAUAUGGUACAUCUUAAGGUCAUGUCAUUAUUUACUGUUUUGUUGCAAAAUCGACUUCCCACUUGCUGAAAAUGGUGAAAAAUAAAUAACCCCUCACUUUGAAGAAGUGCCUACUCUCAAGGUCCAAACACUUAAUAGGUCCCCAGGGCACUUAAUCCAAUAAAAAUGGCAAUGCACAUUCCUGAAUCUGAACUCUCUUCCAAGAGGUUAUUUUUUCAAUGGUUUUCCACAACAUGAACUGUGAAAUGGUGAGGAAGAAGAGACUUUUUCUUCCUGUCUGGUGGAAUAAUGUUAUGGACAGAAGAAUUGUUUCAAAAACCAGGGAAACUAUCCUUGUGGGUUUUUUCUCUCCCUCAGCUCUGAGUUAUGUUCACUCUCUUUAUAUAUAACACGGACACACAUUUUUUAAUCAAAGAUUGAAAUGACUGUAAUUUGCAAUGAAUUUAUUUACCAGAUCCUGAUACACUAGUGCUCGAGUCACUAACAACAGCCUCUGUGAUGUUCAAUAUUCUGCCAUUACACAGUAGUUCUCCACUAACCCAUUGUCAGGAAUCAUGUGUUAUUCAGAGAGCAAGCCACAGUUCUGAUGUAUCAUUUAAUGAUGACAACUUAUCCUGUGAUUACAAGGAGACUGGAAGCCAUUGGGCUGAGACUGAAUUGGAGGAAGGAGAAUCAAAACUAUCCAUGAGUAAGCAAGUCUAUAAUAUAUGCUCUUAUAUUAACCAUUUACACCUCACCAUCAGUUUUCAUAUUCUCCAUACUGUUCUGUAAACAUUUCCUAAGGUGCUGACAAAGAGAAUUUGUGUAACAAUCAAAAGCUUCUUUUCUUUAUCAUUUCUUUUAUUCUCAUGAUCUAAACCUUUGAUUCAACAAUGAUAAAGUAAGGAGAAAUAUGCUGUCAGUCACUAUUAGGAGUUAGGGGUUAAAAGAUUCCCUGCAUACUGUUUCAAUCAAUGAUCUAAUCAUUUCCUUUAUUCACAUUAUUUUAUUGUGUGAUUCUGGGGAGAUGGUGUAAGGAGAAAUUAGAUGCUAGUCACUGUAGGUGGUCAAAGGGUUACCCUAGUUUUUGGUUAUAAGGUGCAUGGUUUUUUCAAGUUAUGAGUAUCUACUGCUGUGUACAUACUCAUGUGUCCCAAUUUGUUCUUAACUCUCAGUGCUUUUGGAUGCCAACAAUAUCACAACAGAAGCUGAGCUUUGGUCAUGUUACAUUUUGCGCAAGUCAUGUUAUGUCUUGGAUCUCUUUGCCAGACCGUGUGUUUUAAGUUUCAAGCAAAUCUUGGUAAUGCUGAAAAUGUGAGUAUUAAUUUCAGUCCUUUAUGUAAAUUAAAUUUCAUUGUUUAGCAUAGGAGGAGAGUACUUUUUUGUUUACUCAAUUAGUUUAUAUUUAAUUAUUAUAUGAAAAAGUUUAUUUUUUUUCUUUGGUUUUUGAUUUGCUGCUUGAUGUUUCAGAAUUUUAGAAGCUUUGAUCAAGAUUGAAAAGACAGGGUGCAAGUACUUUGAUAACAUGCUAUCAGUUGUUUCCACAAUGCUGCAUACUUACCAGGACAAACAUCAGGUUACAAUACCCUGGUAUGACUCUCAAAUUUUGUGUAUCAGUUAUGACCUCCCAUGGAGAUUUUUCGAGGGAAUUAAGGCUGACCACAUCCUUUCUCCACAAUUUGGAAAUUACACCAUUGCUUCAUGUUUCUUCACAAACUUCUUAUUUGAAUUUUAAAUUGAUUGCCAGAGACAGCCACAUUAGCUGUUAGGCUCCAUUUCCUUCAACUUUCUAACUCCCAGAAGUGAUUAACAUGUCACUUCUUCCUGUGAUAUCCAUCCAUUAUACAAAGAAAAGGUAAUGAGAAUACUCAAGCUUGAGGGUAGAGGCUUUUAUCUUGAUCUCACUCCAAAUUCUCAACACCAAUUUACAGGGAAAUGUGUAGCACCUUGAGGGUAGAAUUAACAAUCAGAUCUUGGGAGUUGAUCAUUUAAGAUAGAACAAAUCUAAAUAUUUAUUAAUUUAAACCUUGAUAAAUUUCAGAUAGUACUUCACUUUCAAUCAAUUUUACCUGUGAUCAGAGAUGUUGCUGAGCUAUAGUUGUUAUCAUUUUCUUAGGAAAUCUACAUCUUUUUUGAAUUUGACGGAGGAAUCAACAGAUGGUAAGAUAUACUUCUUACACCAUGGUUAUUUUGUUUCUGAAAAACCUUUUGUUGAACAACUACAGCAGGAUGCUGUGUACUAUUAUAAUAAUACUUAAAUAAAAAUCAUUAAAUUUACCUUUCACUUCCACACAUAAUUAUAAUUAUAUCUUCAACAGGUGGAGAAUCAUCACUUAUUUUAUACAGCCAGAUGGAAAAAGAUGUUAUCUCUGAUGCCAUUGAAGGACCAAGUACUGCUUAUCACAAUGAACCAAGCAUCUUGGUUAAAGAAUUCCAAGAUAGUUUGAAAGAAAACAUGGAUAUAACUGAAUAUCCUAUUAACCGUAGUGAGACAAGCAAAGAACUGAAAGACAAGGAUAAUGACAAGAGGACCACCUCUUCUGUUGUUAGUUAUGAUGACGAUAGCAUGGAUGUUGAGAGCAACGAUGAGUAUGUGAUUCUUACCAGCUGAAUGAACAAAAAUUUGGGUUUAAGCAAUAUCCUGUUUAUAGUAGAUGACAAAAGCACCAACAGCAGAAAAUAUAAUUUAUGAACAAUGAGAUUAAGAAUUCCUUUGAGAGGGGCUGAUUAUCCUUUUACAAUAAGACAGAAAUAUUUAUGCAGUUUAUAGAAUGACUUCUGGUUUUCCCUGUUCAUAUAGAAAUGUAAAAUCUUUGGGAAAGAAGUGUUCUCUAAAUUUAUAUUUCUAACCCAUAAUUUUGUGAGGUAACAUGACUUGUGCUAAUUAAAAGGAUUCUUCUAUAAAGCCAGGGUUAUACUUAUUAUAAACUGUAAAUAAAUCAAAAUAAAGACUAUGUAUUUGAAAUGGCCAUUGUAUAUAAAAAAGUAAAUCAUCCUUUGAAAAGAAAGUGUUGUGACAGUAUUUUUGAACAAAAUGUUUGUCUUUGUUCAGGCUAUUAUGCUGAGGUAGAAUAUAAUAGUUGAAUAACAGUACUGGAAUAAUGUGAAUAAAUUUUUG